AUGGGGGUGGCAGGCACCGAGCUGCCCGGAGGCAACGUGAGCGAGAACCAGAGCGCCGCCGACCCCACGCUGUCGCGGGACGUGUGGAUGGUGGGCAUGGGGAUCCUCAUGUCGGUGAUCGUGCUGGCCAUCGUCUUCGGGAACGUGCUGGUGAUCACCGCCAUCGCCCGCUUCCAGCGCUUGCAGACUGUCACCAACUACUUCAUCACCUCGCUGGCUUGCGCCGACCUGGUGAUGGGGCUGGCCGUGGUGCCCUUCGGCGCCUGCCACAUCAUCAUGGAGAUGUGGAAGUUUGGGAACUUCUGGUGUGAGUUCUGGACCUCCUUGGAUGUUCUCUGUGUCACAGCCAGCAUUGAGACUCUCUGUGUCAUUGCAGUAGACCGGUACUUUGCCAUCACCUCCCCUUUCAAAUAUCAGAGCCUGCUGACCAAGAGCAAAGCACGUGUGGUCAUCCUUGUGGUGUGGGUGGUCUCUGCCCUCACCUCCUUCUUGCCCAUCCAAAUGCAUUGGUACCGGGCAGACCGUGAUGAGGCUAUUCUGUGCUACGAGAAGGACACGUGUUGUGACUUCUUCACCAAUCAAGCCUAUGCCAUUGCCUCCUCCAUCAUCUCCUUCUACCUGCCACUCGUGGUCAUGGUAUUCGUGUACGCCAGAGUCUUCCAGGUGGCCAAGAAGCAGUUGCAGAAGAUAGACAGGAGCGAGGGAAGGUUUCACACCCAGAACAAGGAGCAGGAGCAGAAAGGGGGAGGUGGGCACCGCCGUUCCUCCAAGUUCUUCUUGAAGGAGCACAAGGCCCUCAAGACCCUAGGCAUCAUCAUGGGCACCUUCACUUUGUGCUGGCUGCCCUUCUUCAUCGUCAACAUCGUGCAUGUCAUCCAAGACGACAUCAUACCCAAGUACGUGUACAUCCUCUUGAACUGGCUGGGCUAUGUCAACUCUGCCUUCAACCCUCUGAUCUACUGCAGGAGCCCAGACUUCAGGUAUGCCUUCCAGGAGCUCCUGUGCCUCCGCAGGUCCGCCCUGAAGAUGUAUGCCAACGGCUACUCCAACAGCAACGGCAAGAGCGACUACAACGAGGAGGACAACGGCUACCCCUUGACACCGGAUAAAACCUGCGAGUUGCUGUGCGAGGAGGGCUCCUUCCCGCACCCCGAGGAGUUUUUGCACUGCAAAGAGAUCCCUGGGUGUCCAGGCAUGGUCGAGAGCUGAAUGGGCUGACCUCUCUUCCUCACCACCCUGAGCUCAUGAGGGCUCUGAAGAGAUUGAGUGGGAUCAUGACCUUGCUUCUCUGAGCCUGGGGAUGCUGUGGGAAGUGAUUGCCUUGGCAAAUGUCUUCAUCCCAACCCGUAACCCAUCAUGCAUCACCUGAAGGAGAAGCUGAUGAAGGAUAACCAGAGGACCACAAAAGGCUCUACUAGCCUCAGAGGACACAGAUUGGGGACCGGCACUAGGAGAGGUGCUUUGCAGGAGCAACUGCAUGUGAAACAAGCUCUGCAAAGAAGCUACAGAUGCCCUGUGAACUGAUGGAGGGAAACGUCCAAGUCACCACAAAAGGUGCAGAGGGCUUAUCCUGGCGCAGCAUCCUUGGAAAGCAUUUUCAAAAGGGAAAGAGGUGUCAGGACCACAUGGCUGUCUCCAGUGGCUGGUUUGGAUGACACAAAGCAAGAUGAGGAGACAGCAGGAUGCUCUCUCAUUGCUGACUGAGGCUCCAGCCGGAACAGGAAUCUGACCAAGACUGAGAGAGAAGGAGCGUGGAAGAUUGCUUUGAUUCAUUCUGUGCUUGUUUCUCCUUCUGGUGUCUUCUCUGUCUACCUCUUUUUCUCUCUAGGCCUGUGUGUACUGCAUGUGGGGCCCAGACCCUCACAAACAAGAAGUAUUAACACAGGGCAAAUCUGUGCUGCCCAGUGCAGUGCUGUUGCUAGAUGGGGCUACCUUUGCACAGUACAGAUGUAACGUGGCCUUCAUUUGCUCCUCAUGCCAACAAAUCUGCAACUGUAAUGCCUGGACUUCAGAUUGGAGAAAGGCUUGAACCUGGCAAUCUUUUUACUUGCAAGCAGUCACAUGCUAGCAUGGCCACCCACACUUGGGAGUCAAUUCUAACAUCUGAGCCCCAAAACAUUAUAGAGCAUCCGUCCCUCUCCUGUAGGUGUGGACAUGAGCAUGCUAGCAGGCUACACACUCAUCUGCUGUUAAAGCUCAUUCAGCAGAGGAAGAAACAGACAGAGUGAUGGGGCUCAGGCAGAAAAUAGGAAAACCUGAUCCAAACCCAUAGGAAAAUGUGCACCUCCUAAUGCAGCUGCAGGCCCAACUGGGUGGCUGCAGGUCUCUGUUCACUGAGCUGCUCCCAGAGGCCUGGGCAAAACUUGCUGGUACCGAACUGUGCCGGGAGCCCCAUCUCAGACCCUCCCCUCGGGCUUCCAGCUGCACACCCCUUCCCUCACGUGCAAUCCUAUUUAUUUAUUUAUUUUCUUGCUGUUUGAUGCAAAGCUGCUAACGGAGCCCCCUCCCCACCGGCAUCCGCAGCCCAGAGGGGAUGGAGAGAGGGAGUGUGUGCUCUGUGUGGGUGAUGGGAGCGGGCAGAGGGAUGGGUGCGUGCCUUGGAUGGGCACACGGGGUGUACACUUGAGGC